UCCUCCCUCUGUUUUCCUCUGGACUCUCUCUAAUUCUUUCAUCCCCCCACCCUCCUUUUCCAACUUGAUCUGCCCCUCUGUCCCUCACUCUCUCUGACACACUCAGUCUUUCGCUCUCGCUCAGACUCGAGCACAUGCAGACAGAGGGAGGGGGGAGAUGAAUGAAGUGCACACAUGUGAGGAUCUCAUGAACUGCUGGGACAAGGCAGGACCGGUGAAGAGAGAAGAGGAGGAGGAGGAGUAGAGGAAUACUGCAGUAACCAGCCAGCUUCUCUCUCUUUCUCUUGCUGCUUCAUUCCUGUUUUCCUCAUCCCCUUCUCCCCUCUCUGACAAUUAUACCAUGAACCUGCCUGCUGCUUGUUGCUAAGGGGGAGCCAACUGGGGGAGACAUCGGGGGGGGAGCAGAGUGGACCAGGCAUUAUUUUAUUUUUAAGGACUGAGCAAAAAUGGCGGAGGAGUCCAGAGAGCAUGGAGGCGUGAGCACCACUGAUCCAGAGGAGGACUCUCCUAAUAUGAUCGUCUACAGAAAGAUCGAAGACAUUGUUACACGUAUACAAGAUGAAAAAGCAGGAGGUGUAGCCAUCCGGACUGUCAAAAGCUUCCUCUCCAAGAUCCCGAGUGUGGUUUCAGGGGUGGACAUCAUUCAGUGGCUGAUGAAAAACCUCUCCAUUGAGGAUCCAGCUGAAGCCAUCCACUUGGGGACUCUGAUUGCUGCCCAUGGCUACAUAUUCCCCAUCUCUGACCAUGUCUUGACACUUAAAGAUGAUGGAACCCUUUAUCGCUUUCAGUCUCCAUACUUCUGGCCUUCAAACUGUUGGGAACCUGAGAACACAGACUAUGCCAUUUACCUGUGCAAGCGCACCAUGCAGAACAAAGCCAGACUGGAGCUAGCUGACUAUGAAGCUGAGAAUCUUGCCCGGCUACAGAGGGCUUUCGCCAGGAAGUGGGAAUUUAUCUUCAUGCAAGCGGAGGCUCAAGUCAAGAUUGACAGGAAGAAGGAAAAGGCAGAGAGGAAGAUCCUAGACAGCCAGGAGAGGGCAUUCUGGGAUGUCCAUCGGCCAGUGCCAGGCUGUGUCAACACCACAGAGAUGGACAUCCGCAAGUGCCGAAGGGAGAGGAACCCACACAGGGUGAAAAAGUCAGUGUAUGGGGUACCAGAUGACAGCCAGAGCCAGCCAAGUCCCGUCCAUGUCAACUCCCAGCCGAUCAGGAAACCCACCAAAGAGGACGUUCAGAAGGAGAUUACCUUCUUGAACAUCCAACUGGAUAGACACUGUAUGAAGGUUUCCAAAGUGGCAGACUGUCUGAUGAGCUACACGGAGCAGUUCAUGGAAUACGACCCCUUCGUGUCAGCCACAGAGCCAUCCAACCCCUGGAUCAGUGAUGACACUUCCUUCUGGGAUUUGGAGGCAAGUCGUGACCCCAGCCAGCAGCGCGUGAAGAAAUGGGGCUUCUCUCUGGAGGAGGCACUGAAGGAUCCGGCAGGAAGAGACCAGUUUCUGAAGUUCCUGGAGUCAGAGUUCAGCUCAGAGAAUCUGCGGUUCUGGUUAGCGGUGCAGGAUUUGAAGAGGCGGCCACUUGAGGAAGUGGCCCCCAGGGCGCAGGAAAUCUGGCAGGAGUUUCUGGCUGAGGGGGCAUCGAGCCCCAUCAACCUGGACUCUCACAGCUAUGAGCGCACCAGCCAGAACCUCAAAGAUCCUGGACGAUACAGCUAUGAGGACGCUCAGGAGCACAUAUUCCAGCUAAUGAAAAGUGACAGCUAUGCACGCUUUUUGCGAUCCAACAUCUACCAAGACCUCCUAUUAGCCAGAAAGAAGCAGCCAGCAGACACUGAACAGGGCCGCCGCACCUCCUUGGAGAAGUUCACCCGCAGUGUGGUAAGUCAUUUGGAGCUGGGGCUGUUCAUAUCACAAACCACACUGGCUGGCUCACUAUCAGUGGCUUUUGAAAUGAUAACCAUAUUACACAUUGUUGUGUCUUCUAAGAUCUGUUGUUGGAUGUGUUUAUGUGAAUAAGGUAACUUGCUAGUCAUAUGGAUGGUUGCAGCUUAGUAUUUUAGAUAAAAUGACUUUGUUGGUAGAGACUUUGUCUGUGUGGUUUAAAAAGUACUUCAUCUCUCAUUUCAACUCUUCUUUUCAUUGUAAUUGAACUUUUAGGGCAAGUCAUUGACGGGAAAGCGCCUGACAGGCUUGAUGCAGUCAUCCUGACACAGCCUGUGCUGGAGGGGCAUAGCCAGACCCUGUUGGAGGGGUGACAGCCACCCAGGGGCACAGACAGUGGAGCUGAGAUGGACAGUGCUGCUGUGGAGGCUCUCAAACACUGCUCUGAGGACUGCUGACAUACUGGGCCUGCUGGGGGUGAACACCCCAAACAGAACCACUGAGGAAAAGAAAAUUCUGACAAGGGGAACCUCAGCCAACACACCACAUGGCAUGCAGCAUACAGUACUGUAUAAGCACAUUCAGACCAGGGCUGCUCUCUGUUCAUCACUUAGUUGGCAAACUGUUUGUUAACCUAAUCAGAUUAUAUUGUUCUCAUUUUGUUUUCUACACAUGUUUACUGGAUAUUAAAUGCAACAAUCUUCUCUGAUAAAAACUACAUCUAAAUGUUAUUUGACACAAUUGCAAUGAAUUGACUAUUGGUUUAGUUGUCCUAAAACAGCUGGGGACAAUCUUAACUCAUACAUAUGUCUGUGCAGAUUCUCAGUCAUCCAGGUCAUAGUAAGCUGAAAAAACGUAUAAAAAAUCAACUGGACUAGA